CUUUUCGUCAAGUUAAUAGUACUUGUUUCACGAUUUGCAUUUCCAGAUGAACUGAGGUUGUAUUUUCUCCUAUUUUGCUGAAAAGUAGAAAUGAGUGAAUCAAACCCCAUGUUUGAAAUCGGGCAAAGAGUUCAUUCAAUUGGGGAUACUCAAAGAAUUGGGACAGUGAAGUAUGUGGGACCAGUAGAAGGUUAUUCUGGAAAUUGGGUUGGUGUUGAUUGGGACAAUGCUGAUGGCAAACAUGAUGGUUCUGUUAAUGGAGUCCAAUAUUUUCGAGCUACAUUCGAUAAAUCUGCUUCUUUUAUCCGACCCCAGAAUUUGUGUUCUGGUAUUACAUUGUUGGAAGCUCUUAUGAUACGAUAUCGCGGGGAAACGACCAAGGAAGAGGAAGAUGAGAUGUAUGUCCUUUCUGCAAGGAACAAAAAAGUGUCCAUUGAGCUUGUUGGUAAGGAUAAAAUUCAAAAUCAGUUAAUUAAAUUUGAAGAGUUAUCCGGUGCCUCAUUGGCUUAUCUCGGGGUUGGCUCUGCUGGAACUCCAUCUCAAAUCAGUUCAGUCGUACCGAACUUGAAGGAGCUUGAUUUGACUGGAAAUUUGCUUUCGGAUUGGAAGGAUAUUGCCGCUGUCUGUCAAGAGCUACCGCUUCUUUCAACAUUGAAUUUGUCUAACAAUAUGAUGUCGAGGGAUGCGACAUGCCUACCAAUUCUAACAAACAUCUGUGUAUUGGUGCUGAAUUAUACUGGUACUACAUGGACACAGGUUGAAUUGCUCAAAGAUUUCUUACCAUCUCUAGAAGAAUUACAUUUGAUGGGGAAUAAAAUCAGUGAAAUUACACCUACUUCAAAAUGUGUCCAAGGCUUCAGUUCUCUGCGCUUUUUGAAUUUGGAAGAUAAUUGUAUAUCUGAGUGGGCUGAGGUUUUGAAGUUAUCGGAGCUAACUAGCUUGGAGCAGCUUCAUCUAAACAAGAACAAUAUAAGCCAAGUAUUUUACCCAUUUACGGACUCUAUGGAUAAAUCCUUCAGCAACGAAGCUUUUCAAAACUUACGUUGCCUUCUUUUAGGUGCUAAUAACAUUGCUGAUCCGGAGUCCGUUGAUUCGCUAAAUUUAUUCCCAAGAUUAACAGAUGUUAGGCUCUCUGAGAAUCCCAUUUCUGAUCCAGGACGAGGUGGAAUACCUAGGUUUGUUUUGAUUGCACGAUUAGCAAAAGUUGAAGUAUUAAAUGGAAGUGAGGUGAGCUAUCGUGAAAGAAAGGAGUCUGAGAUCCGGUAUGUUCGCUUAGUUAUGUCAAAGUUGCAGGACAAUCAAGAGGAGAUUAAGCGCUGCCACCCACGCUUUUAUGAGCUUAAACGUGUGCAUGGUUUAGAAGAUGAGAGACCAUCUAAUGGAGCAACAGGCCCUCAAAAAAUGAGCUCUGGACUUCUAACCAUUACUUUGAAGUGUGUUGGUGCAUCAAUGGGAGAGAAGCCACCAUUGACUAAAAAGUUGCCAGCUACAACUACUGUUGGCAAGCUGAAAAUUCUUUGUGAAACAUUCUUCAAGCUGAAGUCUAUCAAGUUAAAACUGUUUCUGCAAGAAGAGGGUUCUCCAUUACCUAUGCUUCUUGAUAAUGAAAUGGAAUCCUUGCUUGAUGUUGGAGUUGGCGAUAAGUCAACCAUUCUUGUGGACGAGGAUUCAUAGAAUUUUCAAUAAAACUUUUGUCAGAAACUGUGAUGCAGAGUUUGUUACAUUACUUACAUACAGAUUUCCUGCUGCAACUUAAAACCUGUAUUUGUUGGUGUAUUUGUCCAUCUUGAAAGAAACAAAAAACACGGUGGUUGAGAUAUUAGAUCGAACUCUGUUGAAAUGGACCAUAUGAAGCCACAAUAAUGAUUUGGUGGACAGAGUUCCUUUUACUUGGGAGUAGUAGCUUAUGCUCUUGGCCAUCAGUGGACACGAGGGCACGUGCUCUAGUAGUUCAGUUUGCUAAAAUGAGAACAUAUUAAGUGCAGAAAGAGUUACGGUAUUUGUAUGAGUUAAUUGGUAAAAUAUUACUGUGUUGUGUUUUUUCUCAUUUAUUUUUGGGCUGUAUAACCUCUUAAUGUUACAAAAUUUUGUUUAUGGUUAGAGCGAUUCAUAUGCAGAAAGAAAUGUAUGCAUAAAUGAAGCCAGAUAGAAGAAACUAGAAAGUGAGAUUUUCAUUUAUCUUUUCAA